UACUCAUGUCUGUUUGUUUUUUCGUUCUUUACAGAUGACUCCGGCGGACAACGAGACGAGAACUGUGUGAUAUUCUCCUCAAACGUGGAAGUUCAAGGACCUUACUAGAUGUUGUUCAGCAAGUGCGAACUUUCCAACGUCCUUGUGACUUUUUAUGCAGAGUGAGAUAUUUUUCUAUACCAUUGUGCGAGAGAAGUCUAGAACUUUGUAGAACUAGUCUCUCCGGAAUUUCGAAAAUUACUGAUCGGACGCGUCUGGCAUCCGAGGAGAAUUCUUUCGAGUGAUACUUUGGAUGAAUCGUUGGACAUUCAAUCCACAAAGGCGUCGUUAGAUGAUUGAAUCGAGCGACACACUUUCUUUCUGAUGCUAAUUGUGGUGCUUCAGUAGACCAGAGGGCGCUAUAAACCGGUUUGACCAUCGUCUUGUGAAAGGAAGAAGUGACGUCACAAUCUCUCGAGGACUCCGGGGCCGGCCUUGGUUGCCGGUGGUCAUGAAGUGACGUCAGAAAGUCAAGAGGUCAGCGGUUGACGACCCCCUGAAGAACAGUCCUGUCCGGCGUAAUGGCUCGCUCCUGUGUUCCCGCUUUGUCUGGACCGUUCUAUCUCCUGCUACUGCUGUUCCUACUGACCGCUGGCGUGACGUCAGCGAGCGAUGAGGAUGCCGACGCCAAGCCCCGCACGGCGUACGCCUGCGAGAACGAGGCCCUGACCCUCGAGUGUGAGGAAGGACGGGUCAUCCGGAUCCAGAGGGCCAACUACGGCCGGUUCGCCAUCGACGUGUGUAACAAGUACGGAGAGACGGAGGGCUGGAGCGUGCAGUGCUUCUCACCAAAGUCCAAAGACACCAUCUCUGAGAGAUGUGACGGGCGAGCCCAGUGCUUGAUGAAGGUCAACAAUGACGUAUUUGGUGACCCAUGCCAUUUGACCCCUAAAUACGCGGAGGUCAAGUACGUUUGUCAACCAGGCGGUUCUCCCCAGCCACCUCGUAUUACGUCAGCAGUGGCCAUCAGCCCCACAGAGGUGGAAGUCCUGUGGACACAAGCCGAGCCCACUAACCCUGUGCUCACCACAGCCAUCUACUUCACAGAUCACGGUCAGUUGUCGACGCCAGGGACUAUUACCGCCAGUACUUCCGGCACCCUGCCUCUCUCCGCCUACAUACGGGUGUCCAGUUCAAAGUCUGACCACGGCAGCCAAGACCCGGGUGCUGUACCCACGGACCAGGGAGAUACAGAUACAGGGAUAUUGACACCGGAACUACUCUCGGAGAUGGAAGAGGCCGAGAACGGGACAGAGGCACGACUGGGGGCCAGCAGAAGUGCUGGUAGAAAUUCCCAUGCUGCUGAUGCUUAUGCUGAUGAUAAUGCUGAUGGCACAGCUGCUUUGAUCGGUUCCCAACCACCAGAGAAUAGCGAAAACCUUCCAAACAAUGAACACCCUCUUGAGUCUGGUAUACACUUUGAUGAAGAAAAGAGAGAGCUGACAUUUGACCUUGAUUUAUCGAACUCGAAUGAGAAAAAUAUCUUCAUGGGAUUUUUGAAUCAUCUUUUGAAAAGCGGACAGGACGAAAAAUCUGAGUAUGGGGAAGGAGGAGCUCAUGAAGAUAUUGGUUCUAAGCUGGAUGUGGAAAGUGGUACAGUAGUGGAAGGAUCAGAUAUCGAGCCUCGGGUGGCAAAAGACGAGUCUGGCAGUAACGUAACUAAUCCAGUGACAGAAAACCAGUCCGGCAGUGACGUAACGGAUCCAGUUCCAGAAAUCGAGUCUGGUGGUACUGACGUCAUCAACAAAUACACCGAAGCCAAGCUUGGCGAGCCCUCAGACCUGAAACUGGAGAUGAGUCCUGACGGGACCUUGACCACAGACUUGCUGCCCAGGAGGGAUGAUGAUGGACUUGCGGGUUCGGGAGUUGGAGACUCGGAGGACGAGGAGAAUGAUGGCGAGUCCGAGGACAGACGGACAGGUGUGGUCGUGUCUGAUUGUAAGUCUGUGGGGACACGCAUCAACCUGAAAAACCACAUAGGAUAGUUGCAAGUUUGUUUUUCCUGCUGUUAUUGAUAACGUAUGUUUCAUAGCUCUAUCGAUGCAGGUAGGUUGUCCAUUGAGUUGCGGGAUGUUCCCCUCGGAAACAUUCCCUCAUGAAAUUAAAGGGCAAAAGGGAGGAAAAUUCGAGGGAAAGGGGGUGGGGUACAUAAAUAUUUUGAAGGGUUCCGUGUAAUUAACCUAUAACGAAGUAAGCUUAACUGUUUCUGUCUUACAGCGCGAAAAUCUUCCCGUGAAAUUAUGCAACGAUCUAAGCAGGUUUGUUUAAAUGUAAAUUUAAAAAAAAAACAUUGCCCACUUCGUGUGAUUACUUUUACAGCGUAAGGAAAUGUGGUAAGUCUGGUUGAUGCGUGGAGCCUCAGAAUCCAAGUCCCCGCAGACAGAGGGCCUUACAACACUCCUUCCAGCUACUGACUGAACACUGCUUUUUGUAGUCAAUGUAGAUCUGAGAACCAGGCCAGCUUCUUCUGAUUGAUGCUUUGUACUGACCGUUUCUGGGUAAGGUGAGGAGGGGGUGAGGAAGAAGAGGAAGGGUUAAGGAAACGUUAGAGGGUGAGGAAGAAGAGGGAGAGUUAAGAAAACGAAAGAGGGUUAGGAAGAAGAGGGAGGGUCAAGAAAAAGAAAAUAAAAA